UAGGUGCCAACAUUCCAUAGCUUUUUCAUUGAGCAAAUAUCUGUAAAAGUCUCUCAUUAAUCGUGCGAAAAUGUCCUCUACUGAGAUAUACAUUCGCUGGCAGACCAUUGUGCGCAAAUUGAAAAACUUCCCUAGACUAAAGACUUUCUUUUAUUUUUUCGAACUGGAAACAGGAUGCAGGAUAAUAGCUCUGUUUGAGACCCUGGUGAGCGUGAUGCAAAUCUGCAGUAUAUAUCAUCUAGCCAGCCAAUCAAGGCCAAGUGUAAUCCUACCGGAUCCCUUUUGGAUCACAAAAAUCGAACGAGACGGCAUUAUCAAUAGGAUGUUUCUCUAUCACACGAAUCACCACUUUUUGAUGGCCCUUUGUUUGGUCACUGUUCUGAAUUCGAUGCUGCUCAUUAUAGGAUGCAAAUGGGGUCAACAAGUUUGCCUCUUUCUCUGGAUUUACAUUACAGUUUUCACGACUCUUAUGACGACCAUUAACAAUACGAUUCGCAACUUGACUUUCAUGCAGUGUCUCUUAAUAUUUCCGACAUUCACUCUUGAAGCCUAUUUUGGCGUGGUAGUUGCUUCGUUAAUUUGUAAAUUCCACGAGAAACCCAAGGAAUGUAAUGGAGAUAUCGAAGUGCUCUCCUCAGAAAGUGAAGAGUUGUAGGCAGUCUUAGAGAUUCUUUUAUAAAGAAUUCGGAACAAAUAUAUGUUGGAUUUUAUCGUUUUCACAUGAAGUUUUAUACUCUGCACUUCGAAUAACCAAACAC